AUGGCACAAUCAAGCUGCACCAAUGUGCUAGUCACCAUGGCUCCUUGCUUAAACUAUGUGACAGGCAGUUCAUCGACCCCGUCAUCAUCAUGCUGCUCCCAACUUUCUAGUGUCGUCCAGAGACAACCACGGUGUCUUUGCUCGGCGCUCAAUGGCGGUGGCAUGUCAUUGGGCAUUAGUAUCAACCAGACGCUUGCUCUUGCACUGCCGGCUGCUUGCAAUAUAAAAACUCCGCCGGUCAGCGGGUGCAAUGGUGGAGUAUCCCCUGCUGGUUCUCCUGAAGGUUCACCAGGUAACAAAUACUUGAUUGUGAAACUAGCUUACUCUUUAUAA